CUGUACAUCAUUAGAAGUGGGAGCUGUUCAGAAGCGAAUCUGCUCCGAAUUUCAACAAGAUGUCAAACUCGAACAUACUCUAUUUUGUUCAAUUGGAUUAUGCAGGCAAAAGAUAGCUAAUGUGGGCUCAGGAUGUUGAGCUCCACCUUAUUGCUCGUGACUUAUUGCAUACAAUCCAAGAGCUUUGUCAUAAAGGAACUGCUCCAGACCCUCAAACUGAGAUCGACAAUUCUAGGACACUUGCCCUAAUGAUGCGUCACAUGGAUAGGGACCUCAGGUUUGAGUUCAUGAAUGAGGAUAGUGUUAUAAAGCUAUGGCAAGCGCUUCGUGAACGUUAUGGCAACGUUCGUGACUCCAUCCUUUCGAAUUUAGAAGCAGAAUUGAAUGAUCUUCGCUUCUCUGACUUUGAUACAAUUAUACAAUUUUAUUCGGAAGCUCUCCGCAUCACAGGAAUGAUGCGCUUAUGUGGCAAGACGAUCACAGAAGAACAAUUGAUUGAGAAAACCCUCAAUACCUUCCCUGUCUAUGCUAUGAGGUCCUGUGAUUUAUUUUGGACUCAUAUAAAUGCAAGAAGGAUCACAAGCUUUCAACAGCUUAUUAAAGCUAUGGAAAUUGCUGAAAGGAAAGACAACGAGCUUGUGAGAAGAGAAAUUGAUAGGCUUCGAGAUAGCUAUCCAGAGCGUCGCCCUAUGGCUAGAGAAAGUUGCCAUAGACGUCAUGAUCUAUACGAUUGAAAUGCUCAUGAAGGUAGUUGCCAAAGGCGACAAUCACGCCACCAUAGGAGCCGUGACUU